AUGGCCAAGAUCCAGCCCCUGCCUCUGUCUGCAGCAGCCGCAUCGCCUCCCUCCUGCUCUCCCGCGGGGGAUGAGGAGCGGCGGAACCUCCAGAAGCAGGCCGUGUACACGGUGUGGAUGAAGUCGCUGGUGUUCAACGGCAACGGCUGCACCGUGUACGGCGCCGACGGCGGCGUGGCCUUCCGCGUCGACAACUACGGCUGCCACGGCGGCCGCGAGGUGUUCCUCAUGGACCACAGCGGCAAGACCCUCAUCAGGAUCCAAAGGAAGGGCCUUGGGAUGUUCAGGAGGUGGGAGGCCUGCCGGUACUCAGACGACGGCGAGGAAGCGACGCCGUGGUUCAGAGUGCAGAAGAAGGCCGUGAAGAAGGGAGCCGCCGUGACGAUGAUGCACCAUGGCUCCAGUGGCAGUGGCAGCGGGCCUGCGUACAUGAUCGAUGGGUGCGCGCGCAAAUCGGGCUACGAAGUCACCAGCGCUGGCGGCGCGGCCGCGGCGGCGGUCGAGCGGAAGCGGACGCCGUCAGGUGUUGUGCUGGGAGACGAUAUCCUGACGCUGACGGUGGGGGCCGGGACGGAUCAUCUGCUCGCCUUGGGUUUGGUGGUCGUCUGUGGACUUAUGAAUCGGUGCUUGUGA